AUGCCCUGUCCGUUUUUAGGAUCAAUGAAUCAAACCUUUUUAAGGAAUUACAGCAGCGUACUGCUAAAGCAGUAUGGAAGCUACUGCCCUAUACUUUCAAGAAGCUUUCGCUCUCUGGGCGUAGAUGAAACGAAAUGCCCAUUUAUUCAAAAGAACUCCAUUAUUUCGGAAGCGCCUAAAGAAAUGACCGAAGAUAUCGUAGAGAGCGCCAAACCGAUUUAUCAGUAUGAAAAUUUCUUUAGCAAACAGAUCAACGCUAAAAAGAAUGAUUACUCGUAUCGAGUAUUUAGAAAGGUGUCACGUCUGGCGGCCGAGGGCGCGUACCCGCAGGCGUUGGAAGGCUCCGACAACCGCCGCGUGACCGUGUGGUGCGCCAAUGACUACCUCGGAGCGUCGCGUCACCCUGUUGUCCAAGAUGCUGCUAUAUCUGCCAUCAGAUCCUACGGUACGGGGGCGGGAGGCACGCGUAACAUCGCUGGAAACUCUCAAAUGACAGAGAAACUCGAACAUGAGAUAGCCAAGCUCCAUAAAAAACCCGCAGCUUUAAUCUUCAGCUCCUGUUUCGUAGCCAAUGACGCGACUCUCUCAACAUUAGCGAAAAUCCUACCUGGAUGCAUUGUUUACUCGGACGCGGGCAACCACGCGUCCAUGAUACAGGGAAUAAGGAACAGCCGCGCUCCCAAACAUAUAUUCAGGCACAACGACCCGACGCAUCUUAGACAAUUAUUAGCCGAAUCUCCUGCGGGCGUACCCAAGCUAGUCGUAUUUGAAACUGUUCAUUCCAUGAGUGGGGCGAUAUGUCCUUUAGAAGAAAUGUGUAACAUAGCUCACGAAUACGGAGCCUUGACGUUUGUAGACGAAGUCCACGCUGUGGGAUUAUACGGGAAACAUGGAGCAGGUAUUGGGGAGGAGAGAGGAGUAGAAGAUCAUAUAGACAUCGUUUCUGGUACUUUGGGUAAAGCGUACGGCAAUGUAGGCGGAUAUAUCGCGGGCUCCUCACUUCUGAUAGACACUGUUAGGUCCUUGGCGCCUGGAUUCAUCUUCACCACGGCUUUACCGCCUCCAAUCUUAGCCGGAUCUUUAGCCGCUAUAAGACUUCUAGCCAGCGAGGAAGGGAGAUCAUUACGAGCUAAACAUCAAGCUAUAGUGCGCUAUCUCAAGCUAUCUCUUCUCAUCGCUGGUCUACCGCAAAUGCCGUCAGUGAGCCACAUAGUUCCUGUACCUAUUACCGGCGCGGAUAAAGUAGCUUUAGUGGCGGAAUCCCUUAUGAAGCGAGGCCAUUAUGUCCAAGCUAUCAACUACCCAACAGUAGCUCGUGGGGAGGAGCGUCUUCGUUUCGCGCCCGGUCCAUAUCACACUCCAGGAAUGAUAGACAGCCUGGUCACUGCCCUCAUAGAGUCAUUCCAUGAGAACAACAUUAAUUUCAACCAGUUCAUGAUCAACGGCGCGUGUAGGGAAUGCAGUAUGGAGUAUAAGGUCGACAUCGCUUAUGAGGAGCCCUAUAAGUACCCGAUAGCUGUAUAA